ACGUAUCUCACUUCGGGUUAAGGUCUUCUUUAACUCUUAAGGUCUCUUUGACCAUGGCGGAAACGGGAGAUCGUUCGUUGGUAGAUGUUUGUAAAGAAGAAGAAGUCACAACUGUCUGAAUUGAAACCAACCAGCGAGUUCCGGCCAAAGAGGACGAGGAGGAGCUUCGUCUGUUGACACACGCGCCGCCGAGGGCAUGGGUCGACUCUCAUGGGCCAGUCCGAUUCAGAGAUUCCGUUUCUUCUCUUCCUUUCCUCAGCACAGGGGAGCAACAAGUGUUUUGGCUUGCUCUGGCUAUAUAAAUCGUUAUUUUUCGUCUCUAGUUGAAGCUUCAGAUUGUGAACUUGAUGAAGUUCCAGAUGAUAGCAAAGUAGCGGAGAAGGACACUGCUCUACAUCUAGCAUUAUCACAGCUUUCGGGUGAUUUUGAUAAAGACUCUAAGUUGUCAUUGCAGCGGUUUCUCAGAAAAAGGAGAGUUUCUGUGAUUCCUACUGGUUCCCUUAACCUUGAUCUUGCUCUUGGAAUCGGAGGAUUACCAAAGGGAAGAAUGGUUGAGAUUUAUGGAAAAGAAGCUUCUGGAAAGACAACUCUAGCUCUUCAUAUCAUCAAGGAAGCUCAAAAGCUUGGAGGUUAUUGCGCUUAUCUUGAUGCCGAGAAUGCCAUGGAUCCCUCUCUAGCAGAAUCAAUAGGUGUGGACACGGAAGAGCUUCUGAUAUCACGACCUGAUUCUGCUGAAAAGAUGCUAAGUAUUGUCGAUAUGCUAACCAAAAGCGGGUCAGUAGACGUAAUUGUGGUUGACAGUGUUGCUGCUCUUGCCCCUCAAUGUGAACUUGAUGUUCCUGUAGGAGAAAGAUACAAAGCCACACAAUCAACAAUAAUGACACAGGCGCUCGGAAAAAUCCAUUACUCAGUUGGCUAUUCUCAGACACUGAUCGUUUUUCUUAAUCAGGUCAGAUCGCAUGUCAAAUCUAGCAUGUGUUUCCCCCAAGCCGAAGAAGUGACUUGUGGAGGAAACGCAUUGCCAUUUCACGCAGCUAUACGCCUCAAAAUGAUAAGAACUGGGCUAAUAAAGACUGGCAAUAAGAUUAGUGGUCUCAAUGUCUGCGUUCAAGUGGUGAAGAAUAAACUGGCGCCAGGAAAGAAGAAAUCCGAAUUGGGAAUUCACUUUGGUCAUGGCUUCUAUGUGGAGCGAGAAGUAUUAGAAUUGGCUUGUGAGCAUGGAGUUAUCAUAAGAGAAGGAACUAGCUAUUUCAUUGAAGGCGAGGUCAUCGAUGGGAAAGCCGCAGCUGAGAAGUAUCUCGUUGAAAAGAAAGAGGUUCUUGAUACUGUUGUAGGAUCUCUGAGGAACCAGCUUUUCAAGAUGUGAGAGAGAUGACUAUUUCUGUAGAGCCAAACAAAUGUGUAUGUUUUGAUAGAGCCAGAAACUAGUGGAACGUUGCAUCAACCUCGGCUUCCCUCUUAACAAACGUGUAGGUAUGCUAACUAAAAGGAGGAUCAGAGAAGACUUGGCAAAGCUAGUUGUUUUUACAUGAUUCAUAGGUAUUGUUCUUGUAAGAGAUUCUCCGUCAUGUCCUGCACAGUUCUGCAAAAGAUUCUGAUUUCCUUAUGGUUAUAUAUGAAGCAGUAUUUAUUUGUGUCUUAAA